UUUUGUUUGUAUCUAUUUGGGGUGUUGAAGGUUGGUGAAGUGAGGAUGGUAUUCCUAAAUUAGAAGUUACUUGGAGGAUCCUAGUCCAAUUAGUAUAUGAAUUCCAAAUUAGAAGUUAUUUGGGGAUUCCUACUCCAAUAUGAACUCCGCCAUGCCAUCUAUAUAUAAAGCAUCCUCCACACACACACCCAUCUUUAUUUCGAUUAUUGAUCUCCAAUCCACAAACUUUGGUGCGUCAUGCCUCAACAAAAGAAGCAAAUGUUUUCUUGGUUUCGGAAAAUUAAAAGAGAGAUUCUCAAGAUUCUGGAUUCUAAUAAGCAUCAGAAUGAUCGUCCGCUUGGAGCUUCUACCUUGAACCCUCAGCUUCAAAACUCUGAGAAAGAGUUUGCCAUGCCGACAGAAGUUGUUGAUCUCAGUGAGAGGACCAGGCUCAAGCAAUCCAGACUACAAGAUCUGGAGAAUAAGCCUAAGGGAAUUCGGACAUCAUUGUCAGACCCCCUCCCUCUUUUCAAACCCGAGGAACCCAGGAUGCAAAAUCUUGAGAUAGAGUUGAACAAACGUGUGAUGGGGCAGGAUCAUGCAGUUGAAGAUGUUGCUACGGGAAUUUGGAGAACAUGUCUCGGUUGGUCAAAACCCGGGCGACCAAUUGCUAGCUUCAUGUUCAUGGGCCCUGAUGGUGUUGCAAAAACACGAUUGGCUGAGUCAUUAGCUUCCUAUCUCUUCAGCACUGACGAUGCCCUUAUACGAAUCAACAUGAAUGAAUUCACCGAAAGCAAAUCCGCACUGCGCUUGAUUGGUGCACCAACCGGAUCCUCAGGAUAUCAGGAAGGGGGCCACUUGACAGAAAUCAUUCAUCGGAGACCAAAUGCUGUUAUUCUGUUUGAUGAGAUGGAAAAAGCCCAUUUUAAUGUGCGGAAUUUGUGCUGUCGGAUAUUAGAUUCUGGGAGACUAACUGAUUUAAAUGGUCGGACUGCCAGUUUCACCAAUACUAUCAUCAUUAUGACUACAAAUGUUGGCUCAGAGCAUACACUUGAAACGGACGACAAGUUGUCGAAGAAGUUAGCUUAUGAAGCUGCUGGAAGAUUGGUUUUUCGACGUGCCCUCAUGGAUGCGGUUGAUGAGUUGGUAGUUUUCCAGCCUUCCAAUAGAGAUUAGACAAAAAGUAGUUUAAGGUUGUAGGUCUCUUUUCAGUACUAGUUCAGAAUUGUCAACUAUGGAACCUGUUUCGGAGACUUAAUUAAGUCCUACUAAUAUCUUCUUAUGUUUGAAGUUGUGUUCAAACGGAACUCAGAAACAAUAAAGGAAUUCUUACUGAUAAA